AAAUUCACAACAACCCGUGCUCUCCCACGACUCGCCCUCUUCAACCAACACCAACACUUCAAUCCUAGAAACUACGCAACAAUGGCUUCUUCCCCUCUGGUCACGCUGAACAAUGGCCAAAAGAUGCCGCUCGUCGGAUUCGGUCUCUGGAAAGUGAACAACGACACUUGCGCCGACCAGGUCUACAACGCCAUCAAGACCGGCUACCGUCUGUUCGACGGUGCCUGCGACUACGGCAACGAGAAGGAGGCCGGUGAGGGUGUCGCACGUGCCAUCAAGGAUGGACUCGUGAAGCGUGAGGAGCUCUUCAUCGUCUCCAAGCUGUGGAACUCUUUCCACGAGAAGGAGCGUGUCAAGCCAAUUGCGAAGAAGCAGCUCGCCGACUGGGGUCUUGACUACUUCGAUCUCUUCAUCAUUCACUUCCCGAUCGCCCUCGAGUACGUCGACCCAGAGGUCCGCUACCCACCAGGCCUCUACAACAAGGACAACAAGCUUUCCGUCGUCAAGGCACCACUCCACGAGACCUACGCCAAGAUGGAGGAGCUGCACGAGGAGGGCCUGAUCAAGUCGAUCGGUAUCUCCAACUACAGCGCAGGCCUCCUCCUCGACGUUCAGCGCUACGCCAAGACCCUUCCUCAAACCCUCCAAAUCGAGCACCACCCAUACCUCGUGCAGCCCGACCUCAUCGACCUCUGCAAGCACCUCGGAAUUGCCAUCACCGCGUACUCCUCGUUCGGCCCGCAGUCCUUCCUCGAGCUCGGCUCGCAAAAGGCCAAGGAUACUCCUCUCCUGUUCGACCACUCCACCGUCAAGAGCAUCGCCGACAAGCACAGCAAGUCGCCCGCCCAGGUUCUCCUGCGGUGGUCUACCCAGCGUGGCAUUGCUGUCAUCCCCAAGAGCAACAACCAGAGCCGUCUCGCGCAGAACUUGGAUGUGUGCAGCUUCGACCUCAGCGAGGACGAGAUCAAGCAGAUCGCUUCGCUCGACAAGGGUCUGCGCUUCAACAACCCCAAGGACUGGGGCAUCGAGACUUCUAUCUUCGCUUAGAUGUGCUACUCUGGGGAACAGUCCUAAGCAUUGGGAGUGCAAGUUUGGCGUCAUGGGUGAGAUUCUCGGUGACAGUCUACUUCCGCUGGAGCUUCGCCUCCUACGUCUAAUAGAUAGCUCAUUAUGAAACGACAU